AUGCAAGGCGAAAGUAUUCCUGAAAGCUCCGAAGAGCCUAUCUCAAAGCUUCAUAUGAUCGGCACUGAUUUCUGUGGCACUGUCUGGGCUUCAUCAGAGGGCGGAUCCGCAUACAAGAGAGAAGAUGGCAGCCCCUUCCGAUCGCUCCAAAAUGACUACAACAAGCAUAAACUAGUACUGCAAAGCCUUCAAAAAUUCAACAAGGUCUCUCACUCGAUGAACCCUCAAAUCCAAGUUCUAGAUUGCAGACGUUUCAUCACCAGGAACUCCGAUUGGUGGGUUUCUAAUCUACAAGCCUUUCCUCCGAGAUAUACUGCAUGCAAUGUCCUGGAAUCACGACGCAUUCCACCUUUGCCUGCUAGAACCAGACGUCUCCGCAUUCACAAGUACUGUCUGCCUCAGAUGGCUCAUGACAUCAUGGAGAGCAAGCCAAGCAAGGAUUGUCUCAUUCGGACAUAUCUUGGCCGACGGCGCCUGUGGAGAGAAUUUUCCAAUUUCUCGCAGAUCCAAGUGUUCUCGCUGCGGAACUUUCCUCUUCAUGCCAACCAAAUGGAUGAACUGGAUAUUUCUCUUGAAGACAGACAGCAGUAUGCCCGGAUCAUGGCUAAGACCCUUGCUAUCAUGCACUGGAUCGCAAAUAUCGACGGCAACGAUACUGAGUUUGUCCUUGCUCCUCUAAACGAGAAUAACAAACGGAGUGUUGAUAUCAUUUUGAAUAUUUCGGGUGGGAAUAGUGUAUGGGUGUUAGACUUUGACUGCUGCAAAGAUAUGUCUGUUGAUGAAGCGGGCGUGAGACAAGGCGUGACUGCCUUUUGGCGUAACGACCCAUUCUACCCCAGACCAAUCAUGGAGCCGUUACUGUGGGCUGCCUUUCGAGUCGAAUACCUUCAGUCAAGUGAGAUAGCUACGCGACUUUACGACCUUGCCGAGGCCCAGAAAAGUCGAGGUUUAUCGAAGCUUUUUAUUGAUCUGGUAGCGGAAGAAGCUCAUGAACGUUAUGGAAAGACUUUCAGUUAUGCGGAAGGUCAAGAUUAG